GUGGCCCGCCGGCCGAGCCAGCCAGCGAGCGAGAGGUCGCGGCGUAUACGUAAAUCGGGCUGCGGCGAACGUACCUUCUCUGCCCCGCUCGCUCUCAGUCGCUGUCUUUUUCAGCUCAAAUCAACAACUCCUCUCCGGCUGGUCCUGUCCGUGAAAAUGAGUGAGCGCCAGCACUGAUAUGAAUGAAGAAGCAGCCUUGCUGUUGGGGUUGGCCGCCCCCAGGACGCAACCCGGCCAACCCGCCACCACCACCAUCAGCACCAUCGCCCUGCGAAACGGCAACAACAACGUGGUCAUUGCACUUUUGCAAAGUGCCGACUGGGUGCAGCUAAAAGUGUUGGACACUUCGCCGCCCUUGACACAACUGGGCGCGAACCUCGAUCAGGCCAGCGACUUUCUGAACGUGCACGAACUCCUACUGAAAGAUCUGCAGGCGACGCACAACUCCCCUGAGCAGUACUUGCGUCAGCAGGUGGACGCCAAAUUGGCGAGCACAAAUGGCAAUCCCGACUUGUAUUCUGCAAUGGCCAAUUCGUUGGCUCUCGCUUGGCGAGAUCUCAGCCAACUCUUUGAGGAUAGAAAAAAUCUGCUCGUCCUCAAUGUCAAUUACCACAGGAGUGCCGAAAAGUGUAUCGAACGAAUGCGAAUAAUGAGAGAAAUCUUUGGACAGACCAUUGUCCCAAGUGACGCCGACGUCGUAUCUAAAUUGAUUUCGGACAUGAAUGAGCGCCGGAGGUCAAUGCUCGAGGCGUUCAUGGAAGCUCUUUUGAGUGGAAAAGUUUUGCUUGAAAAACUCCGGGAAAUCGAACAAGAGGGAUCAGACAAUUGGAGCCCAGGAAAUACUAAAGCGGAGGCAAGAGCAGCGAUUUCCCAAGUUGAACAUUGGAUGGAAGCCCUGCACGACAAGCGGAGGGAUUUGGACAAGCUUUGGUUCAAAUGGAAGGACAUUCUGUUUAAGGCGAGCACAAUUUCUUCACUUGCCGCCGAACUGGCCGAAGUUGAAGAAACUCUGCGCACUCGUCGCGACGGACUCGCCGGUUUUCAGCAGCUCGGCGAACACGCCGCCAGUGCAGAGCUUUUGCUUCGUGAGCACCACAAACUGGUUGCUGAAUCGAGGGAGCUGCAAGGGAGGGUGAUCAGAAUCACCAAAACCAAUGACGGUUUGAACAACAACAGGGACUUUGAAGGACAACUGGAAGUUUAUUGGGCCAAUCUCUCAGCGCACGCCUUCGUAGUUCUCAACUUGAGCUCUGAGUAUUUGCACCUGCUCGAGUUCCGCAUCGAAAUCAUUGCCUUCCUCAUCGAGGCGCACACUGCGCAAAUCCGGAUGGACCAGGUCGAAAGUGAUCUUGCGUCCCUGGACAUACCUUUGGGAAGCUCAAAUCUGGCUCAGGUGCAUUUGCACUUCUUCAAAACGCUGGAGGAAAUCACAAAAGAGCCGAUCGAGAAAGGGCAGCUUUUGUUGGCCGCUGAAGAGACGGAGAGAAACGGGGCUUCGGAGGUCGUGAGGAGAGUUAUUGAGGAGCUCCAGAGAAGAAAGAGGCUUAUUGAAAGUCAGUGUGAGUCGCACCAAGAGACGACACUGCACAUGGCUCAGGCACUCACCCAUUUCUACGACAAGUACAAUGAAUUGCGCACUUGGCUGGAAGACGAGGCUAAAAUGUUUGUCCAGAGUCACCAGGACAUUGGUUGCAAAUUGGUCCAAACUCAAUCUUUCUUGGAUCAGCACAGAGGACUGCAGAACAAUAUGAAACUCAAGGCAGUUGACUUAGCGACGCUAAACUCGAUGCUGUCUGAGUUCAUGGACCAUUUGUCUCCUGAUCAGCGUGAUGACAUUUGGCAGAAAAUGACCCAGCUGAGGGAAGAAUGGCAAAGGCUGGAGAGCAACUUGGACUGGCGUGUCGACUUAGGCGAGAAGAUCUCACGUUUCUACUCGUUGUCCGUCAAACUUUCAAAGCAGAUCGAAUCUGCAGAGGAGGCUCUAAAAUCGGCUUCGCUGGAGCGGAGGGAAGGCAAACAGCCGAUCGCGCAAGAGUUUUGGCUGGAGUGUCAGCAACUGCUGCUGCAGCUCGAGACGUACGGCAACAACUUCUUGGGCGACACCAAAGAAGAAGCGGCGAAAAGCGCCAAGCUCCGGGAAGACCCACACUUGGACCUCAAUUGCGCCAGGCAAUACGUGGAGCGGACGCUCGAGCACCACCGCGCGCGUCAGCACGCCCUGGCGCAGUCGUGGGACGCGUGGCGCCAAAGGGAGGCCACCCUUCUGCAAAACUCGUUCCAACUACAAGAGAUCACCAUGGAAAUCGCAAAGACCUUAGACUGGGUGUCUCGUCUGGACGCUCAACUUUACCCAAUUUUGGAGACCGACGAAACUAAUCCGAGAAUUUUGGUGCGUCUGCUGGAGGACCGACAGUCCAGGGUUCUUCCCGAGGCGCAAAGAGCUCAGUCCGAAGUUGAAUUGCGACUAAAUGCGAUUGAGACGCUUCAAGUUCAAGGCGAAUCAAUUAACCAGCGGGAGAAAUUGAUAAAGCAGUUGGUGGAGUUGAAGCAACGCUUUGCAAUUUUAAUUGCCGACUACCACCUGCUGCUGCAGAUGAUGAUCGCUUUGUUCAAAAACGGCAUUGAGCUUGAAAAAACGACCGAAAAUCUUUUGAGUCAGUACUCGGCCACAAUUCUUCCAUCCGACCCCAUUAGCGUCGAGCGGAUGAUUAGCGAGCAUGAAACUUCCAAAAACAUUGUCGUGGAAUUAUUCCGUUUUAACACGGCUCAAAUUGAGCAGAUCGUCGACAAGAUUAAGAAACAGGAACCCCGGGCAGCUGCAAUUAUUGACGAGCAGAAAAUUUACUCAAUUCUGGGCAAAAAGGAGGAGGUGUGGGAGCAAAGUUGGCUGCAACGGAAGGAUAAUAUGGAGCAGCAUCUGCAACGGUGUCAGUUUGACGCCGAUUUGCACCAACUGAACUCACAGCUCGGCGAAUUGGGGGCGCAAAUGAGCAGAGUGCGCGGGCAGCUCGGCGAGUCGCUCGGCACCGCCAGGGCCAACGCAGAGGCUUUUGUCACUUUUGAGAAAACCAUUGAGUUGCUGGAGAGACGAGUCACGAUUUUCAUCAGUACAGCAGAAAAACUUGCCUCUGCCGAGAACAUUUCUGCCCAUCACGUUCAGCAAGAGCUGGAGCGGCUUCAAACUCGAUGGGCCGGUUUGCGGUCACAGGUCACUGAGGUCAAGAGGCUUAUUGAUCUGAGUGUCCAGUACUUCAUUUUAUUGGAGCAGGCUGAGGAGUGGUUUAAGGAGGGAAGUCGGUUGUUGGUUUUGAUCGCUCGGAGGUCCACAUCUGUCAAAACGCCCGAGGAGGCGACAAUAUUGUUGAACGAAGUGGACAAGUUUUUGAAGACUGGAGAGACAAAGCAGGGCGAGAGGAUCGAGCAAAUUAAAUUUAUCGCGUCACAAUUAUAUGGUGAAGGAAAACCAAAACAAAUAAUAAACGUGUUCACUGAUAGCAGAGAAAUGAUUGAAUCGUUCACCAUUGUGAACACAGAGCUGAUUACUCUUUCUCAAAAGCUUCAAAACGACGAAAAAGAGCGUCAGCAAAAGGAAUCUGACAUGUUGGCGGCAGCAAAAGCCGAAGCAGAAGCCGAGAGACAAAAAGCGUUGGCCGCCGAGCAGGCAAGGAUACAGGCCGAAGAAGAGGCAGCCAGGGCUGCAAUCAGAGUGGCCGAAGAGGCCCGACGGGCUGCUGAGGCCGAGGCCGCGAAACAGGCCCUUCUGGCCGCUGAAGAGGCCCGAAGGGUGAGUGAAGUGGACGCGGCCAGACAGGCCAUCUUGGCAGCGGAAAACGCGCAAAGAAGGGCCGAGAUGGAGUCUGCCCGUUUGGCCGCCGAAAUGGAGGCGGUGGCUCGUAGAGCGGCCGAGGCCGACGCAGCCAGAGCGGCCGAAAUCGCCGAGGAGGAGCGACGGAGGAAGAGGGACAGUGAUGCGGCGAGAAUUGCCCUGCUGGAGGCGCAGAGGGCCUACGAAGAAGAGGCCAAGAGAUCGGCAGCCCAGGCGGCCCAAGAGGCCAGGAGGAUGGCCGAAAAGGAAAUGGAGAUUCUGGUAGCCGAAGCGGCCGCCGAGGCUAGAAAAACUGCUGCGGCUGAGGCGGCCAGAUCUACAGCCCUGGCAAUGGAAGAGGCGCGGAAGGCGUCAGAGGCCGAGGCGGCCAGACUGGUGGCCGAACAGCAGAGGCUCUUUGCUGAGGCAGAAGCCCAAAGAUUGGCAUUGCAAGCAGCUGAAGAUGCCAGGAAGGCUGCUGAAGCCGAGGCUGCAAAACUCGCGGCCCAAGCGGCCGAAGAGGCCCGACGAGUGAGAGAGGCCGAGAAUGCACGCCGAGCAGCUGAGGAGGCGCGAAAACAGGCCGAAUUGGAGGCGGCGAUAAAGGCGGCUGAAAAAGAAGAGGCGCUCCGGGCAGCCGCUGCUGCUGCGGCGCAGGAGGAGUUGCUGAGAGCAAAGCAGCAACGGAGAGAAGAAGCCACGCAGACUUUGCCGAGUGCUUUUCCGCCAAAGUUCAUUGAGUCGCUCAAUAGUGCGGUUGUGACUGAAGGAAAAAAUUUCCUAUUUCAAUGCCGAGUCACUGGUGAACCCGACCCGGACAUUGAAUGGCUGAAAAAUGGAGAACCACUCGGAAUCAACCCUCGCUUUUUGAUUUCUCGCAUGGCAGAGGGAAUAUGCAAGCUGGAAAUUUCAAAAGCUCUUCAAGAAGACGGGGGAAGAUUUACCUGCAAGGCGCGAAAUGAGGCUGGAAAAGCUGAGGUUGAAGCAACUCUAUCAGUUAAAGAGGCUGUUCCUCAAGUGACUCCACCUGUAUUUACCAAGAUUUUGCAAAGCGCCCGAGUCAAAGAGGGUGACACGCACCAAUUUGAGUGCAUUGUGGAAGGCUACCCUCUGCCGACGGUGCAGUGGUUCAAGAACGGCGCUUGCGUCGACUCUUCGCCUGAUUACACAAUCCGAUUCAACAAUGGACACGCAGUGCUCAUUGUGGACGAGGUCGAACUUUCCGACAACGCCGCCUUCAUCUGCCAGGCGUACAACCGGUUGGGAAAUUGCCGCUGCGAGGCGAAUCUCGUCGUUGAACGAAAAAUUCCAUCCAAAGCACCCAUCUUUAUCAUGCCACUUUUGGCUUCAACUGCAAUUGUGGGAGAAAAGUACGCUCUGCAUUGUGAGAUUGAAGGUUCUCCAGAACCAAUCAUUUCAUGGACAAAGGACAGCCUGCCCAUUGACCACACCAGAGAAACAAAAAUCUUGAGGGAUGGAGACAAGUAUAAGUGCUCAUUGAGCAUCUCUCAAGUGGGCCCACAAGACUCUGGCGUUUACGUUAUAAGUGCUCGGAAUGCAGCUGGAGAGGCGGUUAGCUCUUGCAACAUAUCGGUUAAAGAGAUUUUAAAGCACGAGCCGGCACCUGCCCAGUUGGAAAUUGAAAGAAAUGUGUUGAAACCAGUGAUCAAAAUGAGUCUAAAAGAUGUUGAGGCUGAAGAGGGUGGACAGUUCAAACUGGACACCAUCAUAACCGGAACACCCGAACCUGAGGUUAUUUGGUACCACAAUGAGGCGCCAGUGAAGGAGUCAAAGUUGACUCAGCUUGGGUUCAAAGGGGAUAAAUGUACCCUGUUGGUCAAGAAUGUGUCUGAAAAGGACGCGGGCGAGUACAAAGUUGUGGCCAUCAAUCCUGGCGGCGAAGUUUCAAGCAGCUGCUCUGCUAAAAUAAUUAGCAAAUAUGAAGAAUUCUUCCCUGAGCCACCAAAAAUUGCCGGAUUUCCACCCAGGUUUACUAAUCUCCUGUCAGAUAUUUUGGUACCUGAAGGAGAACCGUCUAAACUUGAGUGUGAGGUCGAGGGCAAGCCCACGCCACAGAUCCAAUGGUUGUUCAAUAACAACCCUAUUACAUCAGGCGAUGGCAUAAACAUGGUGCAUGACGAGGAAAGCGGUAGCGUGAGUCUCACUAUUAAUGACACACAAGCAAUACACCGAGGCGUCUACACCGCUAAAGCAAUUAACUCUCUUGGCAAUGCCAAAUGCUUUGCCCACCUUAUUGUGCGCAGUCACCAAGACUCGGACACCCCCGAAUUCUUUCACAAAGCUUUGGUGCAGGCGGCCCCCACUUUCAAAGAGCAACUGCACGAUACAUGUUCCUUCUCUGGUGAUUCCGCUAGAUUUGAUUGUAUUGUAGCCGGCAAACCGACGCCGAAAGUCAAGUGGAUGUUCAACGACACCCCCGUCUCCGGCAGAGACUUUCUUGUUUCAACAAGUGGGCAGAGGCAGGUGCUGACCAUUCCCGAGGUCCGACCGGAUCUCUGUGGAAUGUACACCUGCGUGGCAGAAAAUGAUAUGGGACGAGCAAUGAGUUCGGCUCAUUUGAAAGUAGAGGAAAUACCUGAAGAGUUCAGAGAUUUGAGUGAACCAGCAGCAAUGGCUGAAUCGAAUAAUCAACAAACUUCCAGUUUCUCUGAAACUAGUCACAUGACUGUCCAGGGAGUACGAAAGGAAAUGGAAAUGCGCAGCAGUAUACAGGAGAAUAGGAGCAGAAUAAUGCAGAUGCAAAGAGUGGAGCAAGUCCACGUAGUUGGAAACGACCAACCAGUAAUUCAACAACAGAGCAGCUUCUCAAUAAGUCAAACUCCCCAGCAACAAAUCGUGUCUAUUCCAAUUGUCAGGGAAAGGAAGCCGGUGGCGCCAAAGUUUAUUUCACCUCUGAAUGGAAAAAUUGUUGACCAGGGUGAAGAUGUUUUUCUUGAAGGAAUUGUCGAUGGUCAUCCGGCGCCAAAUGUAACUUGGCUCAAAAAUGGCAUGGAGCUUCCUUCAAAUUGCAAUGUGACUUUCAAGCACAACAAAGUGAGCCUCACGAUCAAAGAGGUGUCUGUUAAUGAUGCUGGCAAGUAUACUUGCAAAGCCGAGAACGAGGCUGGCUACGCCAGUAGCACUGCGGACAUUGUGGUGAAAAAAACUGUUUUCCCGCCCGUAUUUGGAAGGAGACUGCAAGCGCAAAUGCUAACUUUGGGUGAAAGGGCUAGGCUGGAGGUUGAGGUCGCUGGCACCCCUGAUCCGUCGGUGACAUGGUUCAAAGAUGGCGUGCCAGUUGAUUCGAUUCCAGGGGUCACUAUCAAACAACAAGGCUCCUGUCAUUUCAUUGUUAUUGAACCAGUGAACACAACGCAUACCGGCUUGUAUUCUGUGGUGGCAGUCAACUCUGGUGGCCAAGCCAAAAGCAGUGCUGAUAUCUUGGUAGUUGAGGCCAAGCCAGAAAUCACUCUUGAGGUCAAGAAAAUGGUCUUUGAGGACAUUGAGGAGGAGAAGAGGAAUUCUUUUGUGGGGCCAGACAAAAUCGAUUUUGUGUUUCCAAAACCUGUUGACAAUUCAAGCAUUUCUACCGCAACAAAAUCAUUUUCCGAGCAGACCACUCGCCAAUUUGAACAGCAGUCAUCCAGUUACCAGAGCUUUGAAAGCCGAUCAAUGCAGGAGACCAGAUCAGCUUCAUUCACUGAGCAGCACAAUGGAACAGAAUUCAAGAGAAUUUCCUCUCCUGCGCCUGGAACACGGCAGCCCAAUCUUGAAGCGAUCGCCAUGGAAAAACUCUGGACGCACGGACGGUCACCUUCCAGAAAUGAAUUCACAGACAGACCAAUGUCUCCUCGUCCGGGCUCGGCUAUCGAUUCGCUUAAAGCCAGAACUGAACCUAUUGAGAGGUCUGCGUCGCCAAGACCAAGCAACGAGGCUUUGCAAAUGGAAAAGUUGUGGGCGCAUAAAAUGGAAACAAAGUCUACUGUGAUCAAUAAAUCGGUCGUGUCUGACUCUGUGCCUCUACAACCUGAGAAUGAGGACUCUUCGAAACGGCCAAACUGGCCUCCUCAGAGCUCCUUCGACAACCAACAACCCUCUGUGCCCUGGAGAAAGGAAAAUACUCCAAAAAAAGAUAGCACGCCAAAACCAGAACCAACUCCUGCAGUUAAAGAAGAAAUUAAGAAAACUGAGCCUUUGAUGAAGCCUCCACCCCAACCCGUGUUCCAACCUAUUAAACCAGAGGUGCAGCAUUACAUCGCUGAAACGACUGAUUUGGUGCACAAGGCCAAUUUCCAAAACGAAAAUGUUACUGAAGAGGUGAAGGUCACCAAAUCAGAAAUCGCCUCCCAGUCGACCCAACUAACAACAACGGAACUUCACGAGACCAAUCCAAAUAUUAUCACGGAAAGAGGAAUCAAGCCUUCAGAAGCGAGAAAGCUGUGGGCCCAACAGUCUCAUCAUUCGGAGCCACCACCGGUGCCUCGCGCUCCAAAAUCUUCUCCUGCUCAAGCAAGAAAAGUUCAAUCGCCAGCAUCUUCAGACGGCAACAGGUCAAUAUCUCCUGUCUUCACAGUCAAACCUUUUGAUCCUUUCUCCCAAUUGGAGCCAUUCCCAUUCAAACCGGAACCUGAAGGCCCCCGAAAGGAAAGGGUUCCUCCACCACCUACACCUAGCAAAUUUGAAAAGGGAACGUUCGUGGAACGUGGUGGGUCAAACGAAGACUUCAAAAUACCCCCCAAGUGGAAUCCGUAUGACAGUGACUCCGACGGCCGGUCCUUUAGAAGCGUCCGUCCUCCUUCUGCUCCUCCAGCCCAUCGUGCGAAAUCCACCGGUGCUGAGCCGCUGCCCCCCUCCCAAUUUGAGACACCCUCGGACCUCGUCCCUGCUCAAGCAAAUUUUGGACUGACCUUGAGUGAUUUUUCGUCGGCUUUGGCCAGCAAUUCGGUGCAACAAUCGUCUUCCUCGUCGAGCUUCGCCUCCAGAACGAUGACGACCAGAAUGGAGCAGCAAACCCGUUCUUCCUCUACCACGGCGGAUAAAGAAGCGACCUGUGAGCAACCGAGAAAGCGGGAGAUUUCUUUUGUUAAGGGCAAGGGGACACCUCAGAAAUUGCGUCAAAACAGCCAGGCUCCAACUAUCACCAAGCCAGCUGUCGUGCCAACCGAGAAUUCAAGAGUUCUGCGUGGGAGAGAUACAAAAAGUAAAUCUAAGGAGCAAAUCAAAACCGUCAGCACUUCAGGCGAAUUUAAACCUCACACAAUAGCCGUUAAGCCAAAGGCCUCGAAGUGCAGAAACAACAUUGGCGCAAAAAACGCAAAUUACUAUUUCGAGCCGAUUAACAAAGUCGAAACUCGGCACGACAAUAAUAAAAAGAGAGACGUGAUCAUUUACUCGUGCACCGCGACGACAAAGCACGUGCACACGAACGAGCCGGACGGUUCCAUGCAAUUCGCCAAAGUCGAGCAUUCGUAUCAACAGCAGUUUCAGGCCGAGCAAAAACCCUUCGAAAUCAGAGUGCCCAGGCCCAAGUACAAGGUCCCUCGACCUUCCAAGUUUGUCAAAGGGCAGCUCUCGGAGCGCGGCUACGAGAGCGACAGCGAAAUCGUCAAGUUCAAACCCAAGUGGAAGCCGAGCAGCGCCGAAAAGGAAGAUCCGCAGUACAGGAAGGUCGUGCCGCGCUUGUCCACGCCGAAACCCGCGAUCCCGCGACCGGCCAGUUGCGUCACGCCGUCGUACUUUGACAAUUACGAGCCGCCCUUGAUGGAAAUCGAAAAGAACAGGAGGGAUUUCAGGAGGUACAGCGACGUGCAGCAACGCUCUGUUUUCGCCGGAGCAAGAGAGGUGGCAAAUCAGCAGAUGGGUGAAAUGAAUGAAGAUUUCAAACAAAAGGCGCAUCAGUAUAUGAAGGAAAUAAAGAAAGCAAUCUAUGCGCCGCAGCCUGAACAAGAACCAGAUGCAGAGCCGAGUGUUUAUCGGGAGGAAAAACGACAGUCACAUUUUGGUGCAAAGCAAAUCGACCCUGACACAGGUUUGAUUUACUUCAACUAUGAUUUUGGCUACGAAUUUGGUCUGAUUUUGCCCGGCGAAAAGAGAAUUGGGAUUGCCAAACAGGGUGGAUCCGGCGGGACCAAUAAGCAAAAUUACCCCUUGCACUUGCCCGACGAGAAAGAUGCAAUUGAGUUCCCGAUUAUCCACGAGAGGACGAGCGAUUUGCCGCCGCAAGAGAAAUAUCACACCUUGCCUCGCGGUUUCAAGUCGCGUCCCAUGUCGUGCGUAGAACCAGCAAAAAGUCCAAUUGACGCAAGCACAGCGACCGCAAUUUACGCUCCGAGGGCAAGGUCAAUUUCACCGACAAGGAAAUCUUUGGGCUUUGGCGCUGCAAAGGAGCAAAUCGAAAAGGUUUUCGAACCACCAGUUUUUAUUACUCCUUUGCGUGAUAUUGCUGCGAAAAAUGGAAAAAUGGCGCGCGUGGAGUGCAUUGUGCAAGGAGAGCCAACGCCAGUCAUCUCGUGGGCGAAGGACGGCAGAAAUCUUGGACCGAACCCUAACAUCCAAUUUUUCUUCCGAAACGGAAUCUGUCGCCUGCAGAUAUCAGAGGCGACGCCAGAGAAUGCAGGGAAAUACACAUGCACAGCCGUAAACAAUUUGGGAUCUGCUCGGAGCUCGGCCAAAGUCGAAGUUUUUUAAAUCAAAAUCGUGCCAAAGAUAUAUUCUGAAAUUUAGUCUCUCUAACCACAACAUUGUUGAUAUUAUACAAAUGCAUGUAUAAAAGUAUAACACACCUUUUUGACUCGGUUCAGUGUCGUUCUUUGUCGUUCAAUUUAUGGUACAUUUAAAUAAUUUAAAAUACUCUCUCAACUUUAAAUGAUCUGUUACGCGAAAUUCUGAAAUCUCUUGUGAUUAACAAUUUUAUUUAUUAUAUUAUUGUUUUGUUAUGUUGUUCUUGUAUUUUUGGCAGCGAGAGACAUACUCUGCGAUGAUGCGGCUCAUUUCAAUUUAUUUCAUAUACUUGCGAAAUGGCGCUUUAGAGGAACUAAUUACUAAUAGAGCAAUUUCGUUCCGACGAGUCACACUUGAUGCCGAAUUCAACUCAUUGAGCACUGCGUAACUUGGAAUGAGUCAAUCCGUUCUUUCGUCUCUUUCGCUCGCCAGCUCCAUCAUUGGUUGUAUAAAAGUGGAUGAUGAAUAAACUUCUGUGCAAAAAAGUU